AUGGCCCCAAAAAUGUCAAGUAAGAAACGCGCUCGCGACGAAGAGGCGCAGUUCAGCGGCAGCGAGGCCGAGACGAGACCGGCACCGGUAAAGAAAGCCAAGUCAAAAGGCAGCAAUUCUGGUGGCUCUCAGGUCGAUGCAGAGGGUAAUCCUUUCUGGGAGAUUGCCGACAAGCGCCGGGUUGGCAUCUCACAAUUCAAAAAGAUGGAUUUCAUCAACAUUCGCGAGUACUACGAGGCUGGUGGUGAAAUGAAGCCUGGCAAGAAGGGGAUUGGACUUACAGUGGAUCAGUACACCGCUCUGUUGAAAGCCAUUCCCGCAAUCAACGCCGAGUUGCGUAGCAGGGGUCACGACAUUGUUGAUGAGUCCGAUGGCGGCGGUGCCCCAGUUGUCGCAAAGCCUGAAGGCAACGCCAAAAAGUCGACAAAGAAGCAGGAGAAGAAGGCCAACAUCGAGGCGACAAGUGACGAGGGCUCUGGUGCCGAUUAA